GAGCUUUCGAAUCUGAUGUUGGUUAUAUUUUGGCGCCCUUCGCGCAGCCUCACUUCUACCAAACAAGUAAUGCGCUUUUAUGCACAACGUAAACACUAAAGGUCAAAAUCGGAAGUCAUUCGCGCUCCUAAGUAAGCGAAUGUAAAUAAUGCAUUUAAGCCAAGUUCAAUGAGCCAAGUGAAUAAAUGAAUUAAGCGAGAGAACCGGUUGUUUUUGCUUGUAUUGCUUUCUUUCCGAUUCUGGCUGCUAUCAGAAAAGCCCAAAACUCGUGUCACAAGUGUCAUGAAGCAUCUGAACAGAUAAUACGGCUCGGGAAUUGAACAACAGCGUUUGUUUUUAAAAUUAAUAAGUCGAAUGUGGCACGUGCGCAAAAGCGACACUAUUAAAAAAGUAUAUGUGCUCGAAUCACCAUUGUUUUUUUUAUUUUUUAUUUCAAACAAAAAGUUCAAUUGAAUUGCAAAGCAGAAAAAUAUAUGUAUUUCUGAUCUAUGGCAUAUUGAGUCGGUUUUCUCAGUGUGUCCGUUGGCUUUCGUUUCAAUUUAAUUGGCACUUGGAAGUUGCCCGGCUGGUUUCUGCUUUCCGAUCUGGGAUCUCCAAUCGUUGUGCUGUCUCCACUGUAGUCCGCAUCUGGCGCUGAUCAAGAAAGGAGGAUGAGCAGUUCCAAUUCCAUACACACCACCCGUGUGUAUCUGCACCUUCUGGUGUGGCUGCCACUCCUGGCAGUCCAGGCCACACCAGCCUUAAGUCCGCAGUCGCUGCGCGGCAUCAUCUUUCCCAAGGAAACCUUCGAUGAGUGCCAACUGGACGACCUGGCGAGGACGAAGGGCACCUGUCGGCGCAUGGAGGACUGUCCCAGUGCCCUGAACGGAUGGCUGAAGCGACGCGAAUCGCCCAAGACCUGCUACUUUGUGAGGUUCGACCACUUCGUGUGCUGCGCUCCGGCUGCAUCUGCAAUUGUCACCCGAUCCAGCCAGCAGGCCUGUAACGAUCUGAACAAUGUGGCAGAGAUCAAGGAGAGCGACAAGGUCUUCGAGGUCUCGGUGGUGGGCGGCAUGCCCGCGCGUCCGAGGGAGUUCCCCUUCAUGGCAGCACUUGGCUGGCGCUCCAACUUCGAUCAGCGGAUAUACUAUCGAUGCGGCGGCGCCCUGAUCGCCAACAACUUUGUACUGACGGCAGCCCACUGUGCCGACUUGGGCGGUGAGCCACCCAAUCAGGUUCGCCUCGGUGGCGAUAAUCUCACCAUGGCCAUGGGCGAGGAUAUUCCCAUCCGGCGCGUGAUCAUCCAUCCGGAUUACAGUGCCAGCACGGCCUACAACGAUAUUGCGCUCCUGGAGCUGGAGACGGCGGCCAAGCCGGGACUGAAGCCCAUCUGCAUUUGGACGCAAAAGGAGUUAGCCAACACGCUGGUUACGGCUAUUGGAUAUGGGCAGACCAGCUUCGCAGGUCUAUCCUCCGCCCAGCUGCUGAAAGUGCCGCUGCUGAGCGUGAGCAACGAGGAGUGCCAGCCCCACUAUCAGAAGGCUCAGCUGGCCGAAGGCGUGCUGGGCACGCAGAUGUGUGCCGGCGACAUAACCGGCGAGCGGGACACCUGCCAGGGCGACUCCGGUGGACCCCUGCUCAUGCGGGACGGGCAACUGAGCUAUGUGGUGGGCAUCACUUCACUGGGCCAAGGAUGCGCCAGUGGACCGCCAUCGGUGUACACCAGGGUAUCCAGCUUCGUCGACUGGAUCGAGAGCAUUGUGUGGCCGGCGCAGCAGGUGACGAGCGCAUCAAAGCCCAUUCAGAGGACCAGUUCCAGUCCCGAAUUCGAUCUGAGGGCGACGGUCAGUGGUUUGUCUGAGAACUCUUAAAAUAUACAGGAAUAGAUGUUCAAAAUGAUCAGAUGUCCAGCAAUCCAACUGGUUAUUAUAAGAAAUAAUUCGAAAAAAAAUGUUUGAAGGCAGAAUUACAUAUAUUCUAUGUAAAUACAAUUUCAAGAUGCAUGGGA